AUGUUCAUCAAGCAGAUCAUCAUUCAGGGCUUCAAAAGCUACAAGGAACAGACCGUCAUUGAGCCUUUCUCGUCCAAAACGAAUGUUAUUGUCGGGCGCAAUGGAUCGGGAAAAAGCAACUUCUUCGCCGCGAUUCGGUUCGUGUUGAGCGAUGCCUACACGAACAUGAGUCGCGAGGAGCGCCAAGGUCUGCUGCACGAAGGCUCUGGCUCUGCAGUCAUGUCCGCGUACGUCGAGAUCAUAUUCGACAAUAGCGAUGGCCGGUUUGUCCACGAGCCGGAAGAGGUGGUCUUGCGACGUACCAUUGGUCUCAAGAAGGACGAGUACUCUGUCAACCGAAAAGUCGUACCGAAGCAAGAGGUCAUGAACAUGCUCGAGUCCGCUGGUUUCUCGCGGUCCAACCCAUACUAUAUCGUUCCGCAGGGCCGUGUCACGGCACUCACCAACAUGAAGGAGUCAGAGCGUCUCAACUUGCUGAAAGAAGUCGCGGGUACACGAGUCUACGAAAACCGCCGAGCCGAGUCUCUAAAGAUCAUGAACGAGACGAACAACAAGCGCGAGAAAAUCGACGAGCUCCUCAAAUACAUCGAAGAGCGUCUCUCUGAGCUCGAAGAAGAGAAGGAAGAGCUACGAGGCUUCCAAGAUAAGGAUCGCGAGAGGCGCUGCCUCGAGUAUGCUUAUCACUUCCGCGAGCAGGCGCUGCAGCAAGAACGACUCGAAGAAAUCGAGUCCAGAGAAAAAAACAAUAUUGACGCCGACGAGGGCCGCGCCGAGCUCAACGACAACAAGGCGGCUUUAGCAGAGUUGGAUCAAGAUAUGCAGAAGCUCCAGCGCGAGAUGGAGUUGUUGCGGAUCGAGAGGGCACAGUUGGAAGAAGACCGACGCGACAAUGCCAAGGCCCUCGCCAAUGCCGAGAUGACAGCCAAGGAUAUCAAAGAUAGCCAGUCGUCACGAGAACAAACACGCGCUCAGCACGCCGCAGAAUUACAGUCCGUCAAGGCCGAGAUUGCGGCCAAGGAGCAAGAGCUGGCCAAGCUAGUCCCAAAUUUCAACAAGACCAAGGCGAAGGAAGACGUGGUACGCAAGAACCUGGACACUAGUGAGGCGCAGAGGGCCCGGCUGUUCAACAAACAACACCGCGGUGCGCAGUACAAGAACAAGCGACAGCGUGAUGAAUACUUGCAAGAAACUAUCGAGGAUCUGAACAACAAAGUCGCGGAGCAGAAAGCAAACAAUAUGGAUGUGGACGAGGAGCUGGUCCGACUUCGACAGGCAAUCAAGCAAGGCGAGCAAGAGGCGGCGAACCUCAGAGAACGCCUGAGCAACUGGGACGGAGACAGCACCCACCUUGCCGAAGAAGCUAGUCAGGCCAGGGACCGCGUUGACAAGCUGAACGAGGAACGAAAGAUGCUUCGACGUGAGAAUGAGAGACUGCAGUCGCACGUCGCCAAUGCCGACCACGUCAAAAGGCAGGCCGAAGAAGAGCUGCGGCACACCAUGGACCGUGAUGCGUCACGCGGUCUGAACACUCUUCGUCAGCUGAGACAGGAGCGAGAUAUACCAGGGGUAUACGGCACCGUCGCUGAGUUAUUCGAAGUACCCGAAACUUACAGGGUUGCGGUGGAGCAGAUCGCCGGCGGCCGCUUGUUUAACUAUGUGGUGGACAACGACGUGACAGCUUCAGGAUUACUGAACCACCUCAACAAGACACGUGGUGGGCGAAUUACCUGCAUACCUCUUGACCGCGUCCGCCCGCGCAAUGUCAAUAUGCCGAGGUCGCGAGACGCGAUACCUGUUCUCAGCAAGCUCACUUACGAUCCCAAGUUCGAGCCAGCCUUCCAGCGAAUCUUUGGCAACACAAUCAUUUGCCCUAACCUGGCCAUUGGCGCUCAGUACUCCCGAAGUCAUGGCGUGGACAGCAUCACCCUCCAAGGAGACACAACCAACAAGCGUGGUGCACUAAGUGGCGGUUACGUUGACCCUGGCAAGUCGCGUAUCAAAGCCUCCCGCGCAGCUAAUGAAGCACGCGAUGAGUUCACCCGUCUUGAGGAGCAGAGCAGAGAUCUGGUAGCCCAGAUUGAAGCCAAAGACCAGGAGAUUACGGCGGCUAUGUCUGAAGCGACAAAAGCGCAGCAUAGGUUAGACCAGGUGGCUAGCGGCCACGAGCCUGCGCAACGCCAGCUACGGAGUCUGUUGGAUAACUUGGAGAAUCAAAGGACAGCCCUCGACGAGGCUACGCUUCGUCGAGAGACCAUCGAGCGCAAUAUGAAUGCGUUCAUGGACGAGCGGGAGUCGUGCGAAGCUGAACUUCAAAGCGAGUUCAAGAAGAACUUGACGGCCGCCGAAGAGCAACAACUGGAGUCUUUGAGCACGACGGUUCAAGAGCUCCAGAAGCAAUGGACCGAGCUUGCCAAAGCGCGGAGCGAACUGGGCGGUCGCAAGCAGAUCCUUGAAACUGACUUGCGGCAAAACCUGCAGCUGAGACUCGAUCGGCUCAACAGCCAAGCUUUCGAGGACUCAACCUCGGGAGGCUCAGCCCAUGGUCUCAAAGCGGCCGAGAAGGAACUGAAGAGGGCGCAAAAGGCUGUGCAGACUGUGGAAGCCGACCUUCGCGCAACCGAGGCCAAGUAUGAUCAAUUGGCAACCCACCUAGAGGAGCUUACUGCUCAAAAAGAUGAGCUCGAGCAGACGCAAGCUGCGAUCAUCGCGCGCAUCAAACACACGCAGAAGGCAGCUGAGAAAGCCCUCGCAGGCAAGGGUAUUGUGCUCGCCAAGCUGGCAGAAUCCGCGAAAAACAUUCGCGAUCUCGGGGCUCUUCCGGAGGAGGCAUUUGGAAAGUAUGAGCAGAUGGGACUCAAGCAGGUCGCCUCCAGAUUGGGCAAAGUGAAGAACGCGCUCGACCAGUACAAGCAUGUGAACAAGAAGGCUUUCGAACAGUACAACAGCUUCACCACGCAGCAGACACAGCUCAUGAACCGCCGGCAGGAGCUCAGCGACUCGCAAAACUCGAUCGAGGAGCUCAUGGAGCAUCUGGACCGCAAAAAGGACGAAGCGAUUGAACGUACGUUCAAGCAAGUGUCCUCCGACUUUGCCGAGAUCUUCGAGAAGCUUGUGCCAGCGGGGCAAGGCAGGCUGGUCAUCCAACGGCGCACGGACAAACGCGCAGAGCCAGCAGACGAGUCCGAGGACGAGAACAGAGACGGACGCAGCGUGGAGAACUACAUUGGCGUAGGGAUCCGAGUGUCUUUCAACUCCAAGAGUCACGACGAACAGCAGAGGAUACAGCAACUGAGUGGUGGACAGAAGAGUCUGUGUGCUCUUUGCCUGAUCUUCGCUCUGCAGAAGGCCGAGAGCAGCCCAAUGGUCAUCUUCGACGAGGUGGACGCCAACCUCGAUGCGCAGUACCGAACGGCCGUGGCCAGCCUCCUGGUGGAGAUCUCAAAUGGCGAGGCACAGACUCAGUUCAUCUGCACCACUUUCCGACCGGAGAUUGUGCACGUAGCCGAGAAGUGCUACGGCGUGACGUUCCGGAACAAGACGAGUUCCAUUGGCUGCGUGCCAACAGACGAGGCUCUCGAGUUUGUGGAGGGCCAGGCGAAACCUAUCUGA